AUGCUGCAUGCAGAUUUGGUGACUGAGGUGUCUGUACACCUCGCGCCCCGCUUCGCGCCCUCCGCCGCUCUCAUAAAAAACAGAAUUGAAGCUUUAAUAGAAAGAGAAUACAUUCAGAGAGGGCCCAAAGACAUGCGGAUGUACACCUACGUGGCCUAG